CUGUGGUUUGUAAAUGGACGACGCCUAAAAAUACACUUGUCAAGAUAAACCUGACGAGUAUAAUUGACAAUUAAUUGUGAUUUACAGUGACAGAUCCGGUUUAUGUGUCUAUCAUGCAAUCACAAUCCAUCAUGGGAGACAACCACAAGUCUCUAUGCCAAACUCACAGUUGACGUUGUCAUUGGACCUGUUCUAGAAAGGCUGGAAGGAAAGGAUAUAUCAGCCGCACAAACUCUCAGGGCUGCUAUAGGAAAGGCCGACACGUCGCUGCCUGGGCUCGCCUUCGACUUCCUGCGCUUGUUGUUGCGGAAGGCUGAGAUCAGUGAGAAGGUUGAUCUAUGUGAGACGCUCCUCAGACUAGGGGGAGCCACAGAAACCGAGGAGCUGCGGAUUCCACGGUCAGAGCCCAUCUACCAGGAGCUGAACCUCUGUGCCGGGGAUCUGAAGAGGAUACUCAGUCGCAUUCCAGAACAGAUUUACAGAAAACAAUUCUUGGAGACAAUCAAGGAGAUUGCCAAUUCCAUCAAGACUCUCCUGGAUGCUGUGAACAGGGUGAUAGGGGAGAUGGCACCAUCUGAGAAUGGCAGCAAACAGAUUCUUGAAGACAGAAAGAAGGACUUUGUUCGAUAUUCCAAGAAGUUCAGCAACACACUGAAGGACUAUUUCAGAGAUACCAACCAGAAUCAAAAUGUGUUUAUCAGUGCUAACUACCUGAUUUACCAAACCAAUGUGAUCAUGAAGACGCUACGGCAGGAGUGCUACUAGAACCUAGAUUCAUCAUCCUCAUUCCUGGCCCAGCCUCAACACUCUCUUUCCCUGAUCGAGGAUCUCCAAUUACAGCCAGUCAUCUGUAACAAAGAUCCAAGGACCUUUUAUUCACUUAUAUUAAAAUAUACUGAUUAUGUGAACAAGUAUUGGAUUGCUCUAUGGGGCAUUCUGACCCUCCAUGCAAUGAUUUGGUGUAGAUGCUGGGGAAUUUUCAUUGAUGUGGAUCCGCUUCUGAAUUUAAAGAUACAGAGGAUCAUGCGUGUUAGAUCUGAUGAAUGUUUCUCCAAUGUGGGCAAUAUUGAAGUUGGCUUGAUCUUGAAAUUAUGAGUUUAUGGUGGUUUAAGAACAAUUGUGAGAUUCAGGUAACAUGUUAUGAUUCAUCUGACUGUUUCUGUGGUAGUCUUCUUGUGAAAAGCUAUGCUCUUUUCCAGUUUUACUGUAUUUAUGUAAACUUGGACUCCAGAUGUAGAUCUAUAAACUCUUUCCAUGGCAACUGGCAUUUUGGAAAAAUCAGGUAAAAUGAAGGUGUAUGAAAUAUUUCUAUGAUGCUAUAAUUCCUUGGAACAGUGGGUGAUAGGGAUAGUUCUCUUUAUAUAGUUUGAGAAGCACUUCUUGUGGGGGUUCAGACUGAUUAAAUAAUGCCAUUGGUCACAUAGUGGUCUUUUGUUAGAAUACCACCAGAGUACGGCAAUGUUAGUCCAGUGAUUUACAAGUAUAUUACAAGUUUUG